AUGUUCUUCGAGCCGACGAUGCCCUCUCCGGAUAGCCCCAUCCAUCUGCUCAUCCUCGUCUUCUCUCGGCCCACCGAGCGCGGAGCGGAGCAGCGCGCGGCGCUGCGGAACGCGUGGGCCCACGAUCGGCGGGCGUGCGGCUUCUUCACCGUCCGCUUUGUGCUUGGCGGUGGCAACUCAAGUGGAGCCGCCACUGCGCACAACGACACUGUGGUGCUAGAUAUCGGCGAGGGCUACUCCUCGCUGUCGCUCAAGGUGCUGGCCGGCUUCGCGUGGGCGCUCGGCUCGGCGGCGCCAUCCUUUUCGCAUCUCCUCAAGACAGACGACGACUCCUUUGUGUGCGUUGGCGGGGUGCUGCGCUGGCUGGAGCGGCUGCCGCGGCGGAGGCGCGACUCGCUCUACGCAGGCUCGCCGCUCGCGCAGCGCUGCGCCGGCAAGGAGCACCUGCCCGUCCUCAGGCAGCUCGCGCUCCCCCGGCUGCUGCGCGACCGAAAGUGCCGCCGCGGCUGGCGCUUCCCACUCACCAUGCACGGCGCGGGCUACCUCCUCUCUCGCGGCACGGCGGUGCAGGUGGUGCGGCGGGCGGAGGCGCUCCACCCUGUCCCAAACGCGGAGGACCUGACGGUGGCGCUGCUGCUGCACUACCGCUCGCGGCAGACGAAUGGCAGCGGCGCCGAUGCCGCCUCGGCCACCGCCUCGGCCGCCGCCUCGGCCGCGGGGAAGUCGGCGAGCCGCACCGACCCGCACCUCCUCAACCGGCCACGGCCGAGCCCCGAGCAGCAGACGAAGCUGCUGGCGCAGCGCUGCCGCCAGGUCGUCGCCUGUGGCCGGCACAAGCGGCGAGCCAACGCCUCGUGCGACGACUUCCGCCCUAUGCAGAGCCGCCGUGGGGCAGACGCCGACCGGGAAGUGGCGGACGGCACGGAGCGAGGAGCGCGCUGCGGCCUCGAGCUCCCACGAUCGGGGAGCUUCUCGGGCAGCGUGCGAAGAGAAUGGGGCCUUCAAUGGGCACUGGCGGAGAUCUACGCGCAGGAGCGCCUCGUGUUCCAGCAGGAAUAG